AUGGAAGGCCUAGACCAGCUUUCGGAGCGUAUGAAGGACACUGUUGCCUCCAUAGUUCCCGGCAUUACUAGUGCUCUCGAGAACCGUACAAACAAGAUAGACCUUGCAACAGCGGAGAACUGGCUGGUCAGAAGGGAACUACAAGAUAUCUACAAAACGGCAAUUCACGAGGGAAUCACGUCAAAGUUGGUUCAAGCUGAGCAGAUAGUAGCAACACCUGGUGCAACACAUUGUCUGGAUGCUUUGCUCACAACAAUCUGUGACGAAGGGGACAGUGUACUUGUACCUGCUCCUUAUUGGAAUGGAUUUGGCCUCCACUUCCGGCUCCGACCUCGUGUCAACGUGGUACCAGUCGAAGUUGACUGGGAACGUAUUUCACUCAACAAGAGUUCUCGCCCUUUGGACCAGAGCCUACUUCCUGCUCUCAAUAGGGCCAUGUCUACUGCACCAGACAAAAGCAGAAUCCGAGCAUUGGUCAUGACAAAUCCUCACAAUCCAUUCGGGCAAUGCUACCCAAUACAUGUUCUCGAGGAAGUAGCGAAUUUCUGCAAGGAGAGGAACAUUCACUACAUAUCCGACGAGCUGUACGCUCUUAGUCAAUUUGCCGACAACAGAUUCGUUUCCGCGCUCGCUUUUAGCAUAAUGAAGCAGCCCCUGUCCACCACAACAUCGAUAGAUAAUCAUAUUGCCCCACCGACGUCACUUUCAAGAAAGAGGCUGCUUCCCGAAGACGAAAUAGGCAACACGGGUGUCAAGAGGGUGAAGAUCCAGGAUUGGUCUCACCGCUCCACCACUGGAGAAGAAACACCAGACACAACCGUGAACACUGCAAUGGUUCACGUUCUAUGGAGCACUAGUAAGGAUCUGUGCUCAAGCGGCAUUCGCAUGGCUGCGCUGCAUGCAUCUUUCUUCGCUGAGCUCCUUGGCAACGAAGCAUCUCUUAUGCUCGGAGCAGUUCCCUGA